CACUAUGAUAUGAGGCCACUUUUCUAUGGCACUGUAAAUUAAACGUAUAUAUUUGAGCAUUUAGUUAUAAAAAAGGUCAAAAUGAAUUGAUGGGGUCAUCAACCUUCUAUAGCAAAAUCAGAUGCUUCUCACCCCCUUCUGCAAAUAAUACAUUCCAUUCUCCAAAAUGGCGGCCACGGUGUUUGAUUUUUCCGCAACGAGGAAAGCCUUUGAGGCUGAGAUCCAUGAGGCAGAGAGACUAAACAGCAUGUCAUUGUUACAGGAAAGGUUCAUGAAGCUCUCAGGCAGUGAGACAGAGAAGAAAAGCACCCUGGACCAGGCUUUCAGGGAUGUUCUAAAGGACCACAUUGUAAAGGAGAGUGGUUGUGAUGUGUACUUGUCAGUCAUUAGCCUGGCUGUGGACUGUGCAAAAGAAGGUAUGUGUCUUGGAAUGAUACCAUUCCUCAUGCUGGAUGACGUCUUCUCCUCUGUGACCCUUGACGUGUGUGAGACGGUCUUCCAGUUUGUGGAGGAUGGAGUCUCAACAUGGAAAAAGGAACCUUAUUACACAGGGGGAAAGAACUAUUUGCUCAGAAUGUGUAAUGAUCUGCUGCGCCGACUGUCUAGUAAUGACACAUGA